AUGUCCGACGCUCAAGCAUCCACCAAUCCUUUGAAACGCGCCGGUGAAGCCCCUGCCGCCCCUACCCCCGACAGCAAAAAGAGCAAACCCGCGACUGAUCCGACAGCUGGAGGCUCGAUGGACGUAGAAGAUGAUGGUAAUGACGACGAUGAUGACUUCGCCGAAAUUGACCCCAGUAAUAUCAUCUCGGGCUCGCGUACGCGUGGAAAGAAGAUCGAUUUCAGCAAAGCCAAUGAGGCCGAGGCUGAUGAGGAUGAUGACGAAGAUGAAGACGUCGUUCUUGGAGACGAGACGAUGGAAAUGGACGACGAGGAAGAGAGUGGCGAGGAAGAAGAGGAAGAGGAAGAAGCUGAAGCUUAA